AUGGCCCUGUUUUCUUCUGUUUUGCAGAAGGCGCUGGGUGUGCGGCAGUACCAUGUGGCCUCUGUCCUAUGCCAACGGGCCAAGGUGGCCAUGAGCCACUUUGAGCCCAAUGAGUACAUCCGCUAUGACCUGCUAGAGAAGAACAUUAACAUUGUCCGCAAACGGUUGAACCGGCCUCUGACUCUCUCAGAGAAGAUUGUUUAUGGACAUCUGGAUGACCCAGCCAACCAGGAGAUCGAGCGGGGGAAGACAUACUUACGUCUACGGCCUGACCGGGUGGCCAUGCAGGAUGCAACAGCCCAGAUGGCUAUGCUACAGUUCAUUAGCAGUGGGCUGCCCAAGGUGGCCGUGCCAUCAACUAUCCACUGUGACCAUCUGAUUGAGGCCCAGCUAGGGGGUGAGAAAGACCUGCGCAGGGCCAAGGACAUAAACCAGGAAGUGUAUAAUUUCUUGGCAACUGCAGGUGCCAAGUAUGGCGUGGGCUUCUGGAGGCCUGGAUCUGGAAUCAUCCACCAGAUCAUUCUAGAAAACUAUGCAUACCCUGGAGUUCUUCUGAUUGGCACUGACUCCCACACCCCCAAUGGUGGUGGCCUAGGAGGCAUCUGCAUUGGAGUAGGGGGUGCUGAUGCUGUGGAUGUCAUGGCUGGGAUCCCCUGGGAGCUGAAGUGUCCCAAGGUCAUCGGCGUGAAGCUGACAGGCUCCCUCUCUGGUUGGACCUCCCCCAAAGAUGUGAUCCUGAAAGUGGCAGGGAUCCUGACGGUGAAAGGUGGCACAGGUGCCAUUGUGGAAUACCAUGGGCCUGGUGUCGACUCCAUCUCCUGCACUGGCAUGGCAACCAUCUGCAACAUGGGUGCAGAAAUUGGGGCUACCACAUCCGUGUUCCCAUACAACCACAGGAUGAAGAAGUACCUGAGCAAGACAGGCCGAGCAGACAUUGCUAAUCUAGCUGAAGAAUUCAAGGAUCACCUAGUGCCUGACCCUGGCUGCCAGUAUGACCAAGUGAUUGAAAUUAACCUCAGUGAGCUAAAGCCGCAUAUUAAUGGACCUUUUACCCCUGACUUGGCUCACCCAGUAGCAGAAGUGGGCACUGUGGCAGAGAAGGAAGGUUGGCCUCUGGACAUCAGAGUGGGUUUGAUUGGGAGCUGCACCAAUUCAAGCUAUGAGGACAUGGGACGGUCAGCAGCUGUGGCCAAGCAGGCACUGGCCCAUGGACUCAAGUGCAAGUCCCAGUUCACCAUCACACCAGGCUCUGAGCAGAUCCGCGCCACCAUUGAGCGGGAUGGCUAUGCACAGAUCCUGAGGGAGGUCGGUGGCAUUGUUUUGGCCAAUGCCUGUGGCCCUUGCAUUGGUCAGUGGGACAGGAAAGACAUCAAGAAGGGGGAGAAGAAUACAAUCGUCACUUCCUACAACAGGAACUUCACAGGCCGCAAUGACGCAAAUCCCGAGACCCAUGCCUUUGUCACAUCCCCAGAGAUUGUCACAGCCCUAGCCAUUGCGGGAAGCCUGAAGUUCAACCCAGAGACCGACUUCUUGACAGGCAAGGACGGCAAGAAGUUCAAGCUGGAGGCUCCGGAUGCAGAUGAGCUUCCUCGAUCAGACUUUGACCCAGGGCAGGACACCUACCAGCACCCCCCCAAGGACAGCAGUGGGCAGCGGGUAGACGUGAGCCCUACCAGCCAGCGCCUGCAGCUCUUGGAGCCUUUUGACAAGUGGGACGGCAAAGAUCUGGAGGAUCUGCAAAUCCUCAUCAAGGUCAAAGGGAAGUGCACCACCGACCACAUUUCUGCUGCUGGUCCCUGGCUCAAGUUCCGUGGACAUCUGGACAACAUCUCUAAUAACCUGCUCAUCGGUGCCAUCAACAUUGAAAACGGCAAGGCCAACUCCGUGCGCAAUGCUGUCACCCAGGAGUUUGGCCCUGUGCCUGACACUGCUCGAUACUACAAGAAACAUGGCAUCAGAUGGGUGGUGAUUGGAGACGAAAACUAUGGUGAAGGCUCGAGCCGGGAACAUGCAGCACUGGAGCCUCGCCACCUUGGGGGCCGGGCCAUCAUCACUAAGAGCUUUGCCAGGAUCCAUGAAACCAAUCUAAAGAAGCAGGGCUUGUUGCCCCUCACCUUUGCUGACCCCUCCGACUACAACAAGAUCCAUCCAGUGGACAAACUGACCAUUCAGGGCCUCAAGGACUUUGCCCCGGGCAAGCCUCUGAAAUGCAUCAUCAAGCACCCGAACGGGACCCAGGAAACCAUCCUCCUGAACCACACCUUCAACGAGACUCAGAUCGAAUGGUUCCGUGCAGGCAGUGCCCUAAACAGGAUGAAGGAGCUGCAGCAAUAAGGAAGGCUGGCUGUCGUGUCCCACUGGACCAUGCUGGGUGUCAGAAGUACAGGUCCAUGUGCAGCCUCAGAGCCAGAGCUGGUCUGUCCAGCAUGGCCGCCUGCUCUAAGAUGACAACCAGACCUGCUUCCUGCUCUCCCUAGUCUCAGACCACUGAGUGAUCCACCGUGGAGGGCACUUGAGAUUAUGUCCCAGCCCCUGCCUUCCUUUUCAGUUUGGUUCUUCUUCAACAGCCCGUGCACCUGUAUUUAUUUUUAAUGACAGCACUCCCUCUAAAAAAGUUUUCAUAAUGCCUGAUCAUUUCACUGGUGGCUGAAGGAUUUUAGAGAAUCUUUUGUUCUAACAAGAAAAAAAAAAUCCAAUUGACUGUUC